CAGCCAAAGGAAAGCCAGGACCCAGCUGUGCCACCCUCUGGCACCACAGACGUGGCACAGACCCCUCCCACCCCCAGGAGCGGGCAAUUAACGCUAAUUAGGGAAAGAGGCAGCUUCCCUUGGGAGUUUUGGACUGGUUUUUUACUCUGAAUUCAAGGGAAAUAAAGGAGAAGGGGGUGUUGGCAAGGCCAGGUGCUGAACCUGGGUGGAUGCAACCCCAUUGUCAGUCCAGGCUGGGGAUGGACAGACCAGGAGCAGCCCUGACAAAAAGGAUUUGGGGUUCCUGUCCAUGGCAGGGGGAUUGGAACUAUGUGACCUUGAAAGAUGAUCCUGUUUGGCUCAGUGGCAUUAAUGGAGUGAGAAGAAGAUGAAAAAGUGGCUUCAAGAGCUCAGCUUUCAAAGAGGCUGGUGAACCUUUUCUUCAGGUCGCCGUGCGCCCGCGGCUGCCGAGGGGGAGUGGGAAGGGCUGGCUGGGAAGCAGGAGGACAGGGAGCAGCGUUUCCCGGAGGGAAGGAAGGAAGGAAGGAUUCCCGGCUGGAGCGGGAGCGGAGGAGAGAGGGGGCGGCUCCUCCGCCUGCCUCGGAGGGCUUUUAAUUGCUGUGAAGGACUUCAGUCAAUGCUUUACAUUUAUCCUACCCGGAGGAUUUCAGACACUUCUAAUGGGCUGCUAACCCAGGACACAGGCACAGCAGGAUUUUAACAGUGGGAAGAUGCUGACGGACAGGAAUGAAUCCUGGCUCUCUAAUUUCUCCUCUGCUGCCUCCUCCUUUGCAAGGGGAGGGGUUGGGCUCCAGGAGGUGCUGGUGGGGCUGGUCCUCACCCUCAUUGACGUGGUGACACUGCUGGGAAACACCGUGGUGUUCCUCUGCCCCGUGGUGGAGAAGAGGCUGCGCACUGUCACCUACAUGUUCAUCAUGUCCCUGGCCAUGGCAGACUUCCUCGUGGCCUGUCUGGUGAUGCCCUUCAGCAUCAUCUACGAGGUGACGGGGAUGUGGCUCUUUGGGAAGCUGUUCUGCAAAGUCUGGAUCUCCUUCGAUGUCAUGUUCUGCACCGCGUCCAUCGUCACGCUGUGCUUCAUCAGCCUGGACAGGUACUGCUCCGUGGUCACCCCCUACCACUACUCCAGGAGGAUGUCCCGGGGCAGAUGCAUCGUGAUGACCUGCACGGUCUGGGUCUAUUCCUCCCUCAUUUCCUUCCUUCCUGUCAUGCAAGGCUGGAAUGAGAUCCCCGGGGUGGACUUUGAUGCGGGCAGGGAAUGCAUCUUCGUCACCAACUGGGUUUUUGCCAUCGUGGCUUCCGCCCUGGCCUUUUUCCUUCCCUUCAUGGUCAUGUGCAGCAUGUACUUCUUCAUCUACCGAGCCUCCCGCCUCAAGGCCACGCGCAUCAUGUCCCAGACGCUGGAGAUCCACUACCACCCCAACAGCAAGAGGCAGAACCACCUGCAGCUGGAGAACAAGGCCACGAGGACCAUCAGCAUCAUCAUCUCCGUGUUCGUGCUGUGCUGGCUGCCCUACUUCGUGCUCAAUGUCUGGCUGGCAGCCAGAGGCACCGACUCCACCAGCACCGUGCUGCUCGGCACCUUCAAGAUCAUCACCUGGCUGGGCUACUGCAACUCCACCAUCAACCCCCUGCUCUACGCCUUCCUCAACAGGGACUUCCAGCACGCCCUCAAGAAGCUGCUCCUGUGCAGGCGCAGGUCGCAGGUGGACGCUGGGGAAGACAUGGUUUCCAUAGCCACGUUUUCCAAGACCGCUCCAGAUCUGGAAUACAGCGUGACGGUGCCCAACGGUGCCCCGAAGGGCAAACCCAAGUCAUAGGGAUUCAGGAUCAGUCGCUGGAGGUGGUGAUAUAGAAAGUGCUGGAGCACAUCCCAAAGGAAAAACAAAGGGUAGGAAAAGAGGGGAAGGAGGGGCUGGAAUAUUACAGCUGGGGACAAUACAACAAAGAUGCAUUUCUUCACCUUCCACAGUUUCAAUAAUGAGAAACUCAGAUAUUUUAGGGGCAAUUUGUUACAUAUUAAUGGAACUAAUUAAUUCCUGGAUAAUUAUUUUUCUAAUGAGCACUUUCUAAGACAAAUUCAACCUCCAUGUUGGGUAAAAAAAAACCAAACCAGUAUGGCAUAAUGCGACCUUAUAUUUGUGCACAUCCUGGUGAUCUGUGUCAGGUACACAGUGUUUCUUAUCAAGCUACUGUAGCUUUUCAUCUCAGAGUUUCAUUACAGAUUUGACCAGUUUUAGUAACUCCACGUGUGCCAGUCUGUGUAUGGGAAUUAGAGGAGGGAUGUGCUCGCUUCCUAAAGAGGCACCACUCUGCAGCCUGGGCUGUUGCUUAGGGUUCAGCUCACUGGCUUCUACAACAUCUGGAUAUUCAGAACUUUCCGUGGCCUUCUGUGAAUUAUCUGUGGGUUUCCUUGUUCAUUCUGGACGGGGACGUUCCCUGUGGCAGACCCCAGGAGAUGACAGACUUGCUGCAACAGCAGGAGCACUGCAGUUUCAAAGCUACAGCUGGUGACACCAUCUGAAGAUGGGAUGUGAAGAGGAAUUAUUACUUGUGUGUACACUGUAGUAUCUACCACAGAGACAUCAAAAAAUCAUGAUAAAUGGAAAUUAUUUUUACUACUCCCAAGUGCUCAUCUGGACUUCCAACAGCACUGGCUCCCUGCAGGAAAGCUACAAGUGCCUCACUGAAGGGUUACUCUGAAAAGGUAGCAGGGGACUGUCCUCAGAGGUAGCAAAUGCAGGAGGACCUGCCUGGAGCAGCUGAGAGCUACUGAAGAAACCAGCACAAGGGUCAGGAGUUCUCUCUCAAGAGGCUGGUAGAACAAACAGCCCUGACCUGGGGUUCAACAGUGGUUCUCCUGUGAAAUCACUCUCCAUGGAGAGUGUUCCAGACCCUCUGACUCCAGCAACGACAUGGAAGUGGUAACUACACCUUAUCCUGGGGGAAGCAUCCUGUGGGCACAAAGAUCUCUCACUCACCCAGCAAGCUGACAUUUACAAGCUUCAAGAAAACCCAAGACA